UGCAAUGGCACUGUAACUGUAAUUAGAAUAAAGCGAACGAAAAGAUAUGGUUUUAUAAAAGCAGCAACUAACUUUACUAUAAAGAGAAUGUUUUCUGUGCUUUUAAGUUAAUUUUCAUUCUGUGCUUUGAAAAAAGUUUGCAAUUAUCAAUCAGAUGAUGUAAAAACUGAAUAGAAUGGAGACAGAAUUAAAAAUCGUACUAAAAGUGGCAAUAUUGAUGCUUUUCUUUGCAUGGAUUGUAAAAGGUUCGGAUGAAGUUGAGGCCAAUUGCAUUGAUGAAGUUAGUGAUUGUGACACAUAUGAUCAACACAAUAUAUGCGAUUCUGACAGGCUGUUUGCGUUUGUCUACUGUCGUAAACAUUGCGGUCUAUGCAAAGAAUGUGUCAUUCCAUCUAUACCACCGAAAAACGCUAAUUUGACUCUAUCAUGGGAUGGGUCACAUAUUAUAUUGAAUUAUAGAUGUCAUGCAGGACAUUCUUUGAUCAAUGGAAGCCUUACAAGGACAUGUAACAACAGCAAGUGGUCAGGUUCAAUACCAAAGUGUUUACCAGAUUGUGGACACCUGUCAACACUGGGCCUUUCAAACAUAGAAUACAGGUUGCUUCAAAAUGAUACAAAAUACCCUUCAACAGCUAAUAUAUCUUGUCAGAUUGGAUAUACUGAUGUCAACCAAAAUCAAACAGAGGGCAUUUCAACAACUGAGGUGAUAUGUAGCGAGAAUGGUACUUGGGAAAAUUUACCAACUUGUGUCAAAAAAGAUUGUGGAGACGUUCAGAAUGUCAGGAUCGAACAUGCAGCUUAUAGGACUCUUUUGAAUGGUGACACUAAAUACAACGAUGCGGCAGAAGUCACGUGUGAUUUAGGUUACUACGAUAUUGAUCAGAACCAAACAACGGGUGUAUCAAAACGUACACUAUUAUGCUCCUACACGGGAACAUGGACAAAUAUUCCCAAAUGCAUUCCAAAAGAUUGCCAUGAUAUUAAAGUCAUCACCAUAGCUCAUGCAGCACAAAGGCGUUACAAUGGCACGAAAUUCAAUUCUACAGCGGAAAUAGAUUGCAACGAUGGAUAUUACGAUCAAAGAGAAAAUCAAACACAUGCAACAUCAACUACUGUAAUCAGAUGUUCUGAACACGGAACUUGGACCAACAUUCCUAGCUGUAUACGCAAAGAUUGCGGAUCUCUUGAAAUGUUAAAUAUAUCAAAUGCUGCAAACAGACUCUUUUUUACUGACACAAAAUACGGAUCCAGUGCUGCUGUAACAUGUAAAACAGGGUACUAUGAUAACAAUAAAGCCCAGAUGAAGGGAGUAUCAUCAACACUGAUCAAAUGUUCUAAGAACGGGACGUGGGUUACAGUGCCAAAAUGUGUCAGAAAAGAUUGUGGAAACCUAACAGAUAUUACGAUAACUAAUGCCGUUCACAGACGUCUACAUACAGAUACUAAAUUUAAAUCAAUAGCAGAUAUAGACUGCGAUGACGGAUAUUAUAUUAAAGGAAGAAUUCAAGCAGCUGGAACAUCAACCCAAACAAUAACAUGUUCUGAUACCGGAACAUGGAUCAAUGUGCCAGAAUGCGUUCCGAAGGAUUGUGGGAGAUUGGACCAACUAAGUUUGUCAAACGCAAAAGAUAGAAGCCUUAUCAACGGAACCACAAUCUAUACGUCGCUGGCGAAUAUAAGUUGUGAUGAGGGAUAUAAGGAGUUAAUAAGUAGCCAGGUACUAGGAAUAACAAGCACAGUGGUUAGAUGUAACGGAAACGGAACGUGGGAAAAUCUACCGAAAUGUGUCAGAAAAGAUUGUGGAGACGUUCAGAAUGUCAGGAUGGAACGUGCAGCUAAUAGGACUCUUUUGAAUGGUGACACUAAAUACAACGAUACGGCAGAAGUCACGUGCGAUUUAGGUUACUACGUUACUGAUCAAUACCAAACAACGGGUGUAUCAAAACGUACAAUACUAUGCUCCUACACGGGACAAUGGACAAACAUUCCCAAAUGCAUUCCAAAAG